UACUAUUAGGACACGACAAGCAAACAAGCGCAUUGGAAUCUCGUGCGAGAAGAGGAAUCGAAGUAAAAACAAAUUUGGUGUUAUCUCAAGCAGGAACCGACAGCAUGAGUGAAUCUAAUAAUAACAGGACUCAGACAGGGACCUCCUACGAAGAAAUACAGAGUCUUGCAAAUGGAAUAUUAUCGAAAGUUAAAGGCCGACCAAAUAUUGGAAUUAUUUGCGGAUCCGGAUUGGGUAAAUUAGUAGACGUUGUCACAGAUCAAGAAAUUAUUCCAUACAAAGAUAUACCUGGAUUUCCCAUUAGCACAGUACCUGGACAUGAAGGAAAGUUGGUAUUUGGUAAAUUAAGUGGUAAAUCCGUGGUAUUAAUGCAGGGUAGAGUACAUUGUUAUGAAGGUUAUCCUCCUCAAAAAAUUGCCGUGCCAGUUAGAACUAUGAAGAUGAUGGGUGUGAAGACUUUGAUUGUAACGAACGCAGCCGGUGGGAUUAAUCGUGAUUUUAAAGUAGGCGAUCUGAUGAUUAUUAAAGAUCAUGUUAAUCUGGCAGGAUUUGCAGGUGUUAAUCCAUUAGUUGGUCUAAAUGAUGAAAGAUUUGGUCCAAGAUUCCCAGCGAUGUCCAACUGUUAUGAUUUAAAAUAUCGACAGUUAGCCAGAAGUAUACUUAAGGAAUUGAAUUAUCAGGAUUUUAUGCGGGAAGGUGUUUACAGUAUGAUGGUUGGUCCAGCGUUUGAAACGGUCACAGAAUGUAAAUUAUUAAGUAUUCUCGGUGUCGAUGCUACAGGUAUGAGCACAGUUCCUGAAGUUUUAGUUGCUCGGCACUGUGGGUUAAAAGUUUUUGGAAUGUCCUUGAUCACAAAUGAAUGUGUGAUGGAAUACGACUCCGAGCAAUUCGCCAACCACGAGGAAGUUUUAGAGACUGGAAAAAAGAGAAGUGAAAAUGUCAAAAACUUCUUUUCCAUAUUUAUAGAGAAAAUAGAAGUUUAGAGACGAGGUAGCAAAAAAAAACCAAGUCAUGAAUAACGAUUAUACUCAAUUUAUUUUCAUCUUUAUGUUAUGAAUAUUUUAGUCUUUUGAUGCUUUUUUUGAUAUAUAUGUUAAUUAUUAUGAUGUUGCAGAAGUUCCUUUGAUAAAUCUCUGUUCCCAAAUUGUCAGGCCUGGAAAUAAUGGUUUUAGAUGAGCCUGACAAAAUGUGACAUUUACAACUUAUUGCCAGACUUGUAUUAAAAAUAUCAAUAAAAUAGACAAACCAGUGCCAGACAAAAUGACAGGCACCGAAGGUUUAGUGCCUGACAAAGCCUGAAUCUGUACCUGGCAUUGUCUGUGACAGGUGCCUUAUUUCCAGACUUGCAAAUUGUAAACAUUGGGAACUGGAUUCCCAAAGUACUGAAUGUAGAUAUUUUAGAUCUGUUGAAUUAGUAGUUUAAAAAAACAGAAAUCAUAUUUUUUAAUAAAUGAAGAGCCCAGGGGAAAAACGAUCUAAGUCACUUUUUGUGGAACAAUCAAUUUCAGAUAAAAACAUGUAGCGUCACAUCAAACCAGUGGCCUUCUGUAAUGGCCUGCCAGUUGUGUCAAGCAUUCUAGCUAUAAGGAUUCAAUGGUUGUUUUGCGUUUUAUGCGAAAAGACAAAAAUAUGACUUAGAUCUUUCUUCCCCUGGACUCUUCAAAUGUAUUUUCUUUAUUUUUAAAAUAGGAAAUAGAUCUGUAAGCUUAUUAAUGAUCUUUUUGUGGGUACAAGAUACACUGUAACCCAGCUAUAAUUGAAUCUUGUGUAUUUAGCACUAAUUUCUUUCACAUUCAUUUAAUAUCAAAUCUUUGUUUUAUAAUUAAUACUUUUUAUAAACUGUAACCCAAGUAUCAUUUAAUCUUGUGUAUUUAGCGCUAAUUUCUUUCACAUUCAUUUAAUAUCAAAUCUUUGUUUAAUAAUUAAUACUUUUUAUAAACUGUAACCCAAGUAUCAUUUAAUCUUGUGUAUUUAGCGCUAAUUUCUUUCACAUUCAUUUAAUAUCAAAUCUUUGUUUAAUAAUUAAUACUUUUUAUAAACUGUAACCCAAGUAUCAUUUAAUCUUGUGCAUUUAGCGCUAAUUUUUUUCACAUUCAUCUAUCAAAUUUUUGUUUAAAAAUUCAUAAAAAUUGUUUUAAAGCACCAAAAAUCAUCUAAUUUGUACUUGUGUCCAGUUUAAAGCCGUCUAUUGAAUUUUGAUAAUGAGUGUCUAAUUUACAAGCGCUUAAUUUCUCGAUCAUUGUUAAAAGAAUUAAACAACAUUUUAUAAUUGAAUAUUGAUGUAUAAUGAUUAAUUUUUGAACAGUGAGCCAGCUCAAUUUUUGUCAAGGUCACUAGGAUGUAAAUAAAAUUAGGGCAUGUGAUUGUUGCCGAGAUUGUAGGUUAGGGUCAGGGUAACCAUUGGGGAUAGGUCCAGGGUUUACAUAUUAUGACCUAUGAUGAAAAAUUGAGUUGGCCUAAAAAAAACUAAAAUUGAACUAUAAAAAAAACAACAGAAUAAAAAAGAAUCUGUGUUAAUCAUAUUCUAAAAGUCCUGGGGCCCGGUUCACGAAAUUUUAACAAAGAUAAAAUCCAAAUUUUAGUAAUUUGAUUGGAUAAUAUUAGAUUGAUUUUAGUGCUUAGCCAAUCAAAAUUGAAUUAUCUACUAAAAUUUGGAUUUUAUCUUUAGUUAAGAUUUCGAGAAACAGGGCCCAGUAUUCUUAACAUGUUUGUGAGUUAAACAAAGAAUAUAUUUUAAUAACAUUUCAUAAGAAAUCAUGUUCGGAAAUUAAUCAGUAAUUUUUCAGAUUUUGGCAGCCAUUUUGUUUAAUUAGAAAUAUGUUUUUUCCGAAGAAUAUUACAAUUUCUAACAUUAUCACAAUUUUUAUACUAUUUGAAGUGUUUUUAUUCAUGGAAGCUUUAGAUGUUACUAUAUUUAUUGUAUUUUAUGGUCAAAUUCUUUAAUUUUCUAAUGUUAUGUCUUAUUGAUUGACUGACAGUUAAAGUAGCUUCUAACUCAAUAUCAUCCAAAGUCUUUAACAUUGAAAACACGAAUUAUUUGUGGGUUUAAAUCAAAAUUUAUGUUGUGAUCUUACCGGGAAAAGAUGGGCUUCAGAUACCCAAUAUUUAAGACAAAAUAAACAUGUUACCAUUAUUGGUACACAAAUCAUGUACCAUAAUGCAUUUCAGUGCCAUUUGUAACAAGGGACUUGAAAGAUAAGGGUAGACAUAUUCCAUAAGUCAUGUCAAACGUUGAUGUCAUAUUCUUACCUGGAGAGCAUGCACAAUAAAUACUAUGUAGACAGGAAUAACCAGAUGCUAGAAUUGCCAUUCGAUUGAGACUUCUGGUGUAUUUCACCGAAAUUAACUGAUUUGAAAUUAAGAGUAAAGACAGAAACGAUUGAAUGUAAUUCAUUAGUUUAUAUACAUUGAUAUUACAUUAUUAUAUGCAUUGCGACCCAUUUGUGUCAAUGUUAGCGAUUUAGCUCCUUUAAAGUUCUUCAGCUGGUCAUUCACGACUGUCAGUCAGUUAAAGACUAGCAAAUAAAACAAGAACCCUGGCCCCAAGUUAACAAAGCAUUCUCGGGCUUAAGUUAAGAAUUUACUCAAAAUUGUUCGCCUUGUUUAUAACUAAAAUAAGCCCUUUAUAAAAUUUUGUUGUUUUAGUGUAUCAAAUACAUCAGUAGGAAACGAUGUGCAAAGUUUUGUGUUUCUGGAUCAAAGUUAUUUCUUAUAAACAAUGAUUGAAAGUUGAGUAAAUUCUCAACGUAAGUCUUAGAGUGCUUUGUGAACUUGGGGCCUGGUUAUAAUUAUUGAAUGGAUAUGCUGGUAUGUUGUUGAUCACCAUAUAGAUAGUAUUUUAUUUACUAUAUAUCUAGGUUAGAGGGUAAGGUUAUAUGAGAACAUUUGCCCCUUGAGCACUUGGCACAAGUGAAUUGACUAUCUCCCAGUUACCCGAAAAAAAUUCCGAUAAAAUUAUGAUUUUAAAGGGACAAUAACACUCUUGCUGGCUUGACAGCUCCAGAAAAAAAAAUAGUAGCCUUAUUAUAAGUAUUAGAUGUUUUAGUGUCCUACCUGUUGUGUAAAUUAUCCAUUAAAUCCUAUUUUACUUGUCGCGAGGGUUCGAAAAUAUUUUUAAAUCCAAGUCGCAUUUGAAAAGGUUUUUGUUAGGCUCUCAAAUCAAUUAGUUGAAUUUUUCCAAUUUUUUAAAUUAGGUGUGUUAAGAUGAAAUUUGUAUCAUCAAUUAAUUGGAAUAUCGUAAAAUAGUACAAUUUGUUGACCAGAAUAAAGAUUGGGACAUAUUAUUCAGUUACAACAAGAGUGGUAUUGAGCCUUUAACCUUGUUGGUUUGCUCUGAAUUGUUGAAAUAAAAUUUAACCAUGUGUUAGUCCCAGAGUGACCUAGUUUUUGUUAGGUGGACAAUAAACCCUAUUCCCCUCUCUGUCUGUAAAUUUAAUUCAAACCUUGACUUUGAUUUAAAAUAGUCCCUUCUCUAUUGUUUGUCAACUAAACAGUGCAAUCAGCAAUUUUUCAGUAUCUAAGAAAACAGGUUAUAAUAAUACAAUACAGAUUAUAGAAAUAGGGUCAGGUUUUCUUUUUUUUAUGUAUAAUUGAAGAAAUCGGUCAUUUGGUACACUUAACGGCCUCUUAUAAAAUUUAUAGUUAUACAGUACAGAUUAUAGAAAUAGGUCAGGGGUUUUUUUUAUGUAUGAUUGAAGAAAUCGGUUAUUUGGUACACUUAACUGUCUCUUCUUGUAAAAUUUGAUUAUUUGGUUUAAACAGUAUUUUAUUCGGGAGAACAUUAGGUUUUACAAUUUAUCAUUUAAGAGAAUAUAAGUGAAUAGGAUUAUUUCAAAGAUAUGGUUGCCAAAAUCAGUCAUUCAUGUAUUAAAUCAUAAAAGUUUGAUUAUUGUAUUUUUAUUUUAUCAAACAUUUUAAUGGUAACAAAUUUAUUGAUAUAAAAUCUUUAUGUUUUAUGAAGGUUAACUUGAAUCUCUAAUUGCUCGGUAUAUAAUGUGUAUUAUUAUUAAGUCAAUAUGUGUUAUUACACUUUUUUAUAUAUCUCCCCAAGGGCUAUACUAUUUACCGGAAAACACCAUGUUAUACUGAAUACCGGAAAACACCAGAAAAACACUAAACACUGCGGAAAACACACUAAAUACUGGAAACCACCCUAAAUAGGUAACCCGGAGAAGGGCUAUAUUAUAAACCGGAAAUUAACCCUAACCUUAACCCAGGCACACAGAGGAGCAGGCUCCCGGUUACCUAUUUAGGGUGCCAGUCUCCGGGUUACCUAUUUAGGGUUUUUUCCGGUAUUUAGUGUUUUUCCGGUGUUUUCCGGUAUCCAGUAUGAAAUGUUGUUUUCUGGGCCCUUAUUCAUGAAAACUUAAACUAAGAUACAAUCGAAAUUUUAAGAAAUACUGCAAUUCGAUUGGCUGAUCAGUAAAAUGAAUUUGCAUAUAUCCAAUGAAGUUACAGUAUUUCUUAAAAUUUUGGUUGUAACUUAGUUUAAGUUUUCAUGAAUAAGGGCCCUGGUAUAUAGUAUUGCGUCUCCCCAAUAUAAUGAGUAUUAUUAUUAUUAAGUCAAUAUGUGUUAAAACAAUAUGUGUUAAAACAAUAUGUCAGUACUUUUAUAUAUAUCCCCAAUAACCUUAUGUUACACAAGAGACCAAAUCAAUCAUUAUUGUAAAUUAAUAUCAGUUUCUCAAUAUAUAAAGGAUUUAUUCAUACAUAUGUCAGUACUUACAUAUCCCCAAUAACUAUAUUACGCAAGAUACCAAAUCAAUCAUUAUUGUAAAUUAAAGAUACAUUAUGUAAGAUUUAGAUAAAGAGCUAGCCAUUCUUGCUAUAAUAGUUCCAAAAUAGAUAAUGUAAAAUGAAUUUUUCAUUCAAAUUACUCUAUUGCGAACAAAGAUAUUAGCCUUUGAAGGUUUAACAAGACGUGUGCAAUAAUUUCAACCACUGUACUGGUUGUUCGAGGCUAAGUCUUGCUCAUCCGUUUUCAAAUUAAAUCAAAAUAUGGCUGAACUGUUCUAAUCUAUUUAAUAUGAGAGAAAUCGGAUGUCAUCGAGAGUUGAUUAUGACCUGGAUCAGUUAAUUAAUGUCUAAUUAAUAAUUUAGAAAACAAGCCUAAAGAAAGACCUGCUAUAGGCAGAUUUAGCUCUUGCAUAAUGUAUAUUUAAUAUCAGUUUCUUAAUAUAUAAAAGAAAUAUUCAUACAUAUUUGUUCGAUUUCAAUGAUUUUAUGAAGUAUUUUUAUAGUAAAAUAUAUGUGGGCUAUUGUUAUAUAUACCGGUCGAUGAAUUUAUACCAUUAUAAAAUUGUUGCCAUAUUUAUCCUUUUAUAAAUGUUUAAAGAUAUAUUAAUUCUUUCCAUAUUUAUCGUCUUAAUGUUUAAAGAGAUAUCAAAAAUAUAACAUACUAGCUGGAUACCCGGCUUCGCUCAGGGAUCAUAACUCCUAAACUGGAAGUGGUAGACUAACGCCACCUGGCCUAUGUUACUCCCCGGUCUGAGCUACCCCUAUACCCCAAAUUUCAGACUCGGGUCAGACCUAGUGUAGCCGCCAACCCCGAACAGACAGACUUCGCGCGGGGGUCAUAACUCCGAAACCGGAAGUGGUAGACUAACGCCACCUAGCCUAUGUUACUCCCCGGUCCGAGCUAUUCCUAUACCCCAAAUUUCAGAGUCGGGGCAGACCUUGUGUAGCGGCCAACCCCGAACAGACGGCUUCGCUCAGGGGUCAUAACUCCAAAACCGGAAGUGGUAGACUAACGCCACCUGGCCUAUGUAACUCCCCAGUCCGAGCUACCCCUUUACCCCAAGUUUCAGACUCGGGGCAGAUGUAGCCGCCAACCCCGAACAGACAGACUUCGCUCGGGGGUCAUAACUCCGAAACCGGAAGUGGUAGACUAACGCCACCUGGCCUAUGUUACUCCCUGGUCCGAGCUACCCCUAUACCCCAAAUUUCAGACUCGGGGCAGACCUAGUGUAGCCGCCAACCCCGAACAGACAGACAGACAGACAGACAGAAAGACAGACAGACAAACGACAGUCACAAUAUAUAUAGAUUCCAGAUUAUCAUGUUUUGUAGGUUAAUGUUUAAAGAUAUAUUCAGAUAUAUAAUAUUUUAUCAGUAUUUUAUUAGUACGUUUGAAAUGGAUAGAAUUAAAUCUAUCAUUUUGUAUACAAGAGUAACAUAUGAAUAUAUCUAUGAUACAAAAAUAUUAUAUUAUUUUUCAUACCCACUGAUCGUCUUUUUUCGGACAAUAUUUGUUUUAUUAUUUAAGAUUUAAUCUAUGCUAAUAUUUGUGACUGUCCUUUGUUUGUCUGUCGGUCUGUUCGGGGUUGGUGGCUGCACUAGAGUUGUCCUGGAGGCUGAAUUUGGUGUAUAGGGGAAGCUUGGACUGGGGGAGUAGCACAGGCCUGGUGGUGAUGGACUACUACUUCCAGUUUCAGAGUUAGGCUACUUCGGUUCGGUUCAUGGCUAUACCCGAUCUGCACCAGGUCAACUGCCAGGUCCGUGCAUCGCACGCGAAGAACGCGCUGCAGCAGACCGUUUCAUUGGUUAAAUCCCUCACAUCAACUAGAACGCGUCUUAUAUAACAACUUUUCCAGAUCCUAGUGUAGUAAAGACAAGUAAAACAAAAUUUUUAACUAUAAAAACUAAACGAAAUAGGAUCUGUGUUUUAAUCAGAUUAAAAAUUCUAACCUCAGAAAUUAAAAGAAAAGGGGUUCAACAUCCUACUUUUCUGUACCAACUGGGCUAUUUUUCAUAUCUCCGAUAUAAAUUUAUUAUGUAUAAACAUUGCCAUCAACGAUGAUGAUCUCAGUCUUAUAAUUGACCAGUUGUUAAAAUAUUUACGUGUUUUCUUUAUUAUAUAUUUACAUAUUUACAUUAACAGAACACAGUUUUUAUGGGAUACAAUCACUAAUUUUAUUCUUUCGACCAAUAUCUUCUUAUCAUCGUUAUCAAGCAUUUUGUGCUUUUAGAAUAAAACUAGUGAUUGUAUCCAAUAAAAACUGUGUUCUGUUAAUGCAUGUUUACACAUGUAGGUGUGAAUUAUUAUUAUUAUUAUUGAUUCUAUUUUAGUUAAGCCUUUUUAUCACCCAAUAAUACAUUCUACAGUAGAUAUUGCUUGUGUGAUAUAUUUCAUAAUCAAGAAGAUAUCGCUUUACAUGAAUUUGAUUGGUCAGUUGAAAAGAAACUACUUUUUUUUAUUUUCAAAGAACAGUUCAUUCAUUUCUUAUUAGAAGUAACUUUUUUUUUAUUAAAAAUGAACAAUGAACUAUUGUUAUUUAAUUGACCUUGAUGGAAACACUAGGUCAAUAUAAAGGACUUUGCAAUGGUUGAAUUGCUGUUAAAAAAUGAUGUAUCACUACGCCGUAAUGUUCAGUAAAAGUGACAUCUAUAGCAAAGAAUUAUAUUUAUUUAUUUGUGCAUGUAAGAAAGGACUGGGUGAUAAAUAAAAUCUCCUACUCGCCUUUUUUGAUAUCAAAAAAUAUCAACACUCGUUGAUAUCAAAAAAGACUGGUAGGAGAUUCUCUAUAAGUAUGUUGAUCUAUCUGUAAAGUGCACAUGUAGGUGUGAAUUAUUAUGUUGUUUAAUGGUCUUGUGUAAGACAAUGCGUAAUAUAUAGAUAUAGCCCUCGUACUGGCAUCCUCUAGCAAUAUAUUACUUAAUGUCUCGCAUUCGACCAUUAAACUAUACAUCAGAUUGCUCUUGUAUCCUGGUGAAUUUAAACUAUAAAUAGAAAUACACAUGUAGGUGUGAAUUAUUGAUUGUUUGUAUAUUAGUUAAGUAUUCUGAUCUAUCUGUAAAGUGCUCUAUAGCAAUAUAUGUGUGAUAUUAUAUAUUAUCUUAUUGCUCUUAUAUCCUGGUGAAAUUAAACUAUAAAUAGAAUA